AUGAAGCCUAUGAGGUCUAAAGCCAACGGUGCUCAGAAUCCAAAUUGCAGCAUAAUGAUAUUUCAUCCGACCAAAGAAGAAUUUAGUGAUUUUGAUAACUAUAUUGCUUACAUGGAAUCACAGGGUGCACACCGCGGAGGUGUGGCCAAGGUUAUUCCACCCAAGGAGUGGAGGGCCAGAAAGACCUAUGAGGACAUCAAUGACAUCUUAAUACCACUCCCUCUCCAACAGAUAGUCUCUGGGAAGGCGGGGGUCUUUACUCAGUACCACAAGAAGAAGAAAGCCAUGAGUGUGGGCGAUUAUCACCAACUAGCAAACAGCAACAAAUACCGGGCCCCAGCCCAUCUCAGUUUUGAGGAUUUGGAGAGAAUCUACUGGAAGAACCGCCUUUACGGUUCUCCAAUUUACGGGGCCGACAUCAGCGGCUCUUUAUUUGAUGAGAACACGAUGCAUUGGAACCUCAGAAGCCUGGGCACCAUUCAGGACCUCUUAGAGAAGGAGUGCGGCGUGCUCAUCGAGGGCGUCAACACCCCCUACCUCUACUUUGGCAUGUGGAAGACCACGUUCGCCUGGCACACGGAGGACAUGGACCUUUACAGCGUCAACUACCUGCACUUUGGCGAGCCCAAGACGUGGUACGCGGUGCCCCCUGAGCACGGGCGGCGGCUGGAGGAGCUGGCUGCACAGCUCUUCCCUGCCAGCGCCCAAGCCUGCCGGGCCUUCCUGCGCCACAAGGUAGCCCUCAUCUCACCCAGUGUGCUGCGGGAGAACGGCAUUCCGUGCCAGCGUGUCACUCAGCAGCCCGGCGAGUUCGUGGUCACCUUCCCCUAUGGCUACCACGCGGGCUUCAACCACGGCUUCAACUGCGCCGAAGCCAUCAACUUCGCCACCCUGCGCUGGAUCGACUAUGGCAAGGCGGCCUCCCAGUGCAGCUGCGGGGAGGCUAAGGUGUCCUUUUCCAUGGACGCCUUCGUGCGCAUCCUGCAACCCGAGCGCUAUGAGCUGUGGAAGCGUGGGUUGGACCGGGCGCCUGUGGACCACACGCAGCCCACGGAAACAGCCGGCAAGGAGCAGAGAUCCCAGAGGAAAGAUCGCACGUUGCGGAGGGCUGCCUUGGGUUUGAGGCACCUCCGGCACUACCAGGUUGCAAAACUGCCUAGGCCCCUGGCCAUGGGUGGUGGAACCCACUUCCGGGCACCUGGUCCCCAGUGA